CUACAGCUUAGCAGCGUGAUCCAAAGACUUACGUUCAGUCACAUAAAAACAUUGACAGUUCGAUACAAAAAAGUGAUUAACUUUUUUGCAUAGUUUUUGUGACAAUUCCUGCUUUAAACCAGAUACUGUACAGGAUCAGUACGUGAACACAAACAUCUCACACCAGUGUGAUCCAGCGGCUCCGGGGACUUUUGAUACGCUCAGUUUUUGUCUCUAAACUGCAUUUGAUUGCACAAACAGAGUCCACCGACACCAGCCCACUUCUCAAUGGAGGCGGAAGAGCGAGUGCUUCGGGUUUCAGCUCGCGUCACGACGAUUGUUUAUGAGCAUGUUCACCUGGGAAGGUGCAAGCAGCUCACAGAAAAAAACCUGUUUCAAAGAGCGUGUCAUUCACCCAACCACAGUAAUCUGAGCCAAAUAAUGACUUUUCCAAACAGGUUUCCUCUGAUCCGCCACACAGAAAGCCCUGAUGAAGCAAUGGUGUGUUAAUCUAUGAAUAUAUUUGCAUUAAACAGUAAGUGCAUAAAAUAGCGUUUUUAACAGUUGUAUAUAAUACACAAGUGUUCAAAAUACUCACUUUGUUAAGUUCAGAUGAUGUUUAGUUUAGGAAUAUACACCUUAUUUUGCAACAUGGAAGUAAGCUUUUUGUGUGAAUGUGGUAAAAAUCUUUGCGCUACAAACUAGCGUGUUUCUAAUCAUGACGAUGAAUGAAGAUAAAAUAAUGAAUGUGCAACAUAGAGCUCAAAGAAUUGUUUUUGGAAGGUAAAGUAACUGAACUAAUUGAGGGAGGGACACUAAUGAUGUGAUAAGAGGCUGAUUGCUUGACUUUGACACGCAUUCAGGAGAUAAAUGAGACAUGAGCACUAUGACAAAAUACAUUUCAAAAGUCCUUAGAUCUUAAAACUCAAUGCCUUUCUCAGUUUGAACGUUUGCAAAACAUUGUCAAAGCAUCUGGGUCAACACUGCAUUAUGUGAUGUUCAUGAUCUGUCAUAAUCAUCGUUCAUAGGGCAGCAAUCUCAGUAAUUCUGUAGUUUAUAUUUACAUUUUAUCCAAAGUGACAAAGAAGCAAACAGACCAACAAGAGAGCAACAUCACACAAGAGCUGUGACCAGUCUCGGUUAUUCUAGCUCACACACAUAGCCAGAAUUUGUUUAAAUAUGUAAAUAAAUUUCACCAAAACAAACAGAAUAAAUUAGAAUAGUAUUAAUUGGUCAGGAGAUGGUCUUCAGACGUCAGGUCAUUCCAGCACCUGGGGAGCGUCCAGAGAAAGGUCAGUGAGAGUGAUUUUGUGGCUCUUCGGGAAGGAACUACGAGGAGGCGUUUAUAACGUUUAUAACGCAGGCUUCUGGAGGGUGUGUAGAUCUGAACCAGUUGAGGUGAAUAGUCCAAUGUGGAGAGAAAAGAGCUGGGACGAGGAGCUGAUUAUUAAUGAUUAUCAUUAUCACGUCCACGUUUAGUUCCUGAAACAGGACGGUUAAUAAAGUGUGGGGUAGCAGGGUCAAAAAGCUCAAAGGUUUGAACUCUACAGGACCAUAUCCAUAAGUAAAUGAAAUAUUCAUGGGAUAUUUAGCCAAUGGAACUGGGGAAAUAAAAAAAAACCUUGCAUGGAGUGGUGAUUCAAAUUCAUAUAUAUUUUGACUUUAUGUUAGAAAAAAAGUUUAUAGAAAUAAUUUGGAUGAAUAUUGAGUCAACAGAGGAUGCUGCGUUAUUCAUCAUAUUGUGAGUGUUUUGUCCGGUGUAUAAUUUGAAGAAGCACUGGAUGUCCCUGAUGUCAGAGUGACUCCGGAGGUCCGCGGCGGGCUGGGAGCCGCUGGUCCCCGGCGAGGAUCGCUUCCUCCGGGGCAGCAGAGGGCGCUGUGACCGCUGAUCCGCGCGGAAGAGUCUCACGGCUUCAUCGCUCCGCUGUGGCGGGAAGACCGGGGUCACGUGACGGACGCAGAGGAGCCGCUCACAGAGAGAGCUCUAUCAUGGUGAGAACGUACAAGAGGAAGACAAACCGCGCGAGUACGGCUCCUGACACCAUGCUGAAGGCCGUGCGGCAGGUGUUGGUGUUCAAGAAAACCAUCCGCGGCGCAGCAGAAGAGUUCGGCAUCAACUACCGAACACUGGCCCGUUACUGCACCAAAAUCCCCCGUGAAGAGGUGGAAGGCAGCGUGGAGCACCCCAGCUGUGCCGUGGGCUUCAUCGGAGCACGGCAGGUCUUCAGCCCCGAGCUGGAAGCCGAACUCGUCGCCUACGUUUUGCUGGCAUCUGAUGUUUAUUAUGUGCUCCCGCCGCGAGCCAUCCGCAAACUGGCCUACCAGCUGGCCAAGAGCCACCAGCUGCAAACCCCGCCCUCGUGGAGGGAGAACAAGCAGGCCAGUGCUGACUGGUUCGCCAGUUUCCUCAAGAGACACCCGCUGCUGUCCAUCCGGGCGGCGGAGCCGGCGAGUCCCACCAGCGUCUUCAGCAGGAGUCACGUCGAGGUGUUUUACAGUAAGCUGAAGGUGCUGAUGGAGCAACACGGUUUCAGACCCGAGGACAUGUGGAUCAUGGAGGAGAUGGGCAUCACCACGGCCCAGCGGCCGGAUCGAGUGCUGGCCAGGAGAGGUCUGAAACAGACAUCUCAAGACCGCGGACCCCUUGUGAGUGUCGCUUGCGUGGUUUCUGCCGCCGGUCGCUUGAUGCCGCCCUAUUUUGUGUUCCCGCGGGUGCAGUUCAGGGAGCACUUCCUUAGUGGAGCACCGGUGGGAAGCUCUGGUGGAGCCCAUCUGAGCGGAUGGAUGAGGGAGGAGCAGUUCCUCGACUUCCUACAGCAUUUCACGCGACAGACCGAAUGUGUUGCGGACAGACCCUGCCUGCUGCUUCUGGACAGUCACGCCACACACCUGUCCAUCGAGGGCCUCAACUUCACCAAAGCUAACGGUGUGGUGUCUCUGUGUUUCCCGUCGCACUGCUCCCAGCAGCUGGAGCGCACACUUUAUGGUCCGUUUAGGAAGUGCGUGAACGCGGCCGUGGACAGCUGGAUGCUGGGCAGUCCGGGGAGGAGCAUCACCAUUCAUCAUGUCCCAGGAAUCAUGGCCUCGGCGCUGCCGCUGGCGGCCACACCGGACAACAUCACCACAGCCUUCAGAGCCUGCGGGAUCUUUCCUCUAAACCCAAACCAACCGAGCUUGGUUACGGACGGUCCAGUCGCUCCAAGCGUUACAGAAUCAGGCAGUAACGUGACCGAACCGGAUCCGGUGGCAGCAGGCAGAGACUCUAACACACAGGAGAAGGACAGCUGCCGUCUCGACUGGCUCUCCUGUGAUUACACAGCUGCAGAGACCUGCAAAUAAAACACUGCUGGACUUGUUUCUGGACUCUUCUGCAUCAGUGACUCUAGAAUCUCUCUUUGUUAUUUGUAGUCUUUCUCAUUCAGAUCACUACCAUUAACAACAUUUCAGUGUUUUUAUUAUCUUCUCCUCUGUUGUUUUUGUAAUUAAUUAAGUGUAAAUAGUAAUUAAAUGAGACCAUUUUUAAAUGCAUAAAUUUUUCGAGAUAGUUUUUUUGAGACUAGAAAGUGUUUUUCUUUGGUCUGUGAUAUUAAACUGCAGUCAGUUCUUGGGUAACACCAUUUUUAAAAAAUUGUUUUUUUUUAAAUGUACUUUUUAGAUUUGAUUUAAUGUUUCUGGAAAAAGUGUCUUCUGCUCAUCAAGGCUGCAUUUAUUUGAUUAGAAAUACAGUAAAUACUGUUCCGCAGCGGGUGGUUGGAUCCGUUGAGGUUUACUCUACAGGGUCCCUAUAGUGUUGUGGCAGCCAUCUUCCCUGUGUGCUUCAGUACUUCCAAAAAGAACUUUCACAUGUGCUUCUUUUUAAAGUUUGUAAAGAUUUUGCAAAAGACACUGAAGGACCUGCACAGAGGUGGUUAAGAUCCUGAGGCUCUAAAAGAAUUAUGGACUGCUACUGACUUCACCCUAUGAAGGUCACUUCAUGUUCGAAGGGUCGUACAGUGUACACUCUUGUGGUCUAGGAUCUCUGGCUUUGUCAAGCCAACAGGAAAGUUCUCAGUUCAACAGUUCUCGGCUGCACAGAUGCAGAGGGAGUCUGACACUACCCUUGCUUUCAUGUCGUAGCAGUCUCAAAUGAAGCAGCAGGCAGUUUCAGUUGACAGUUUGGGCAGGCCGACCUCAGGUCCCUACUACUUCCUUCUGGGAUCAGGAGGAGCCUGCAAGUGCUGCCCCAGGCAUAAUUUGUGCUGGCCUUUUAAGAUUGUACAGAGACCAGACACAAGACUUCAGAACCUUAGAGCAGCUCUUGGUCUGUUACGGAGUUUGGCAGAAGGGGAAUGUUGUCUACAGAGGAUAGUGUGGAUGCCAAGCACAAAGCAUGCCAUAUCCUCUCAGGUUUUCUCUAUGGAGUAUUGCAUCUUCCUGGAUGCUGGCACAUGGCCCCUCACUGACAUAUUUAUAGAGAUUAGCUGGAUAGCCCUUGUGUUAAGUUUGUAUUCUCCUGUGAGAUCCCCCAGUGUAAAUAAGUUGAGUUUUACGGUUUUGGAAUCUAUUCAGCCAAUCUCCAGGUCUCACGAUAGUACUUUUAGCAUAGAUAAUUGCAUCCAAUGAGACCGGUAGCAUCUCGUUCAAAAAUGAUCAAAGAGCUUCAGUAUUUUUCCUAUUUAAAACUUUUCUGUAGUUAUGUUGUGUAGUAAGAAAAUGAAAAGUAGCGAUUUAUUUUUAGGCUAAUUUGACUAGGAACCAUACUCCCAUUCUGACAUAAUAAUCAAGGAAGGUUGCUGGACUGUGCGGAGCAGGCACAGUGAUUACUGUAUACAUAUUGAAAAUAAAUGUGUAAAUUCAGUUGUCUUAAUCAAUCUAAAGCAUUUAGUCAGUCAAUUACAAAUCUUAAAGAGAAAAAAUGAAUGCAUUAUCUUUAAAAUGAAAAACUCUUGUAGGGUAUUCAUGUUAAAAACAAUAAUGGUUUCUUAAUUUAAGAAAUGUUAAAAGAUAUAUUAAAUAUAACCUUCGUUCUAAUGUAAAACAUCACUUUGUUUAAAUCGAUCUUUGUGUCGUCAGGUUAGUGGGCGUGGUCUGGGAGUCUGGGACUUCCUUCAGUUUUGACAAGAGCGUGAGAGGAUCAGCAUCUAGAUAUUUGUGGCUUCUUUUUUCUUCAAUUUGUUACAAACUAUAUAUAUUUUUUUAAACUGGUACUAGAUGCUACUUUUGUUUUAGAUGUUCCAAUCUUUCUUUCCCCUUAAAAUUGUUUACCAAUGCUUAUUUUUAUGAGGGGAAAUAAG